GGCCUAAGUGAGUGCUCAAAACGUCUUUGGGCACAAACUGAGUCAGAAGAAAGCAAGCUCCUUCUGACAACUUGCACCAAAGAAGUCAUCUCAGAGCUUCUGGUCUUGUACAAGACUGAGAUGUCAAAGGAGGACCCCCUGUACACUGUUGGAGAAAAAGGAUCAGACUUCUCUAUUGAGAGACAACAAUUUGUAGAGGGCGUUCUGGCUCAGCUUGGGGAUAUCUCCCAUUGCAGGGCCUCAUCACCAAUAGUAUAUGAGUUCCCCUGUCAAAUUGAGGACAGCAGAAGUAAGGUCACAGCUUCUUUGACCAGUCUGUUAGAUUGCAUGAAAAAACUCUCAAGUGAGGAAUUCAAGAGAAAUGCCACUCAAGCAGUGAGUGAGUUCCUAGUUAAAAAGUCCAACAGUAGCUUAACUUGUGCACAGCCUGCUUAUUCUGUAGCAUCCAGGUCUUGUUCCGUUCAAAACCAGAGAACCUUGUCAAAGGAUAUUUGUGCGGAUUCUGCUGCCUUUGGCAUCAUUGACACAUUUGUGGAAGACCUGCAGAGCUUGGCAAAACCUGCAGAAGUAGAGGAGAGAGAACCUGACCUCCAGGAAAAUGCACAAAAGCGAAAGAGCAGGAUCUGGUCUGCUACCACUAGUUUAUAUAAAAAUAUUAAGAAGACAUUAAAGGGCUUCACCAUUCACCGGCGGAGGUCAGACGUGCAGAGAAGAAUGUCUAGCCAUACACCCACAGAGGACUCUGGACAUCUUGUGACUAAGGAGUACCUUGGUUUGGCAAGCCAGAACUUGACGCAAGCUAGUAAGAGUGUGCCUCACUUGCCCAGUUUGAACCAGGAAGUGACUCUACACAUGGGUGUCAGCGAGAGUUCAAAACUUCUCUGGACUGAAACAGACGAGGGUCUAAUGAACAAUAGUACCAAACAGGUCAUUUCAACAAUCUUGACCUCAUGCGAGGAUCAGACAUCAAAUGCACCUUGCUUCUCCACAGUAGGAAAGAAAAUAUCUGAUAUGUCCCUUGAGGUCAACAUAUUGGUAGGUGGUGUUCUGUCUCAGCUGAAGGACAUCUCCUUGUCAAGGUCCCCAACACCAUGUGAAGACAUGUUUGAACGUCUCCAAGGUUCUACUGAGCGAACCUCUCCAGUAAGUCUAGAUUGCAGCACGGCUGCCUCCAAAGGCAUUGCAUCUUCCCACAGUCUUUCAACAAAGAGCCUCCAAAAACUUUCUAGUCAUGAGUUCCAAACCAAAGCUGAGAAAGGAGUGAGUGAGGUCCUCUCUAGAUCAUUUAACAUUGUGGAGGAAGGUACAACAGAUAAGUACCUCCAGUCUGUAUCUACAUCCACCACAUCUACUGAUAUUAUACAAACCAUAGUGAAAGAUCUGCAGGAGCUCACCCAGACCACCCAAUCAUCUGACAUGGUAUCUGGAACCUCCCUGCUCACCACUGGACAGGUUUCUGAGAAAAAUCUGGUCUGUUGCUCGUAACAUCUACUACAGUCUGCAAAGUAAGAUUACAGAGUUUCUCAGAAAAGAUCUUCAAAUGUCAGACACAACACUUGGUUCAAUCCAAAUAUUUACCUAUCAAAGCAGUCCUGCUUCACAAAGAGCAAGUCUCUGCCAUCUUGAGGUCAACCAGAGCAGUGUUACACCUGGUGGAAACGAUGCCUGUGUGGACAUUCCGCACAAAUUACUACCUAAAACCACUAAGCUCUCAGGAUCCAUGCUGGAGGAUAUUGGCACCAUCCGUUGUAGGAGUGCUGACAGCCAAAAUACAAGAAAUACCUCUUCUUCACGCUCCUCCAUCUCUUUAACACCUACUUCAAAAUCAAAGCAGUCAGAAUGGGACUUCACCUUGCCCGGUACUCCCAUCCCCACUGAAUUAUCUGCUCAGAGUGACUUUCCCAUUGUAAGAAACAUGAUCAUUCAGGACUUGUUUCACACAGAGAACUUACUUCCCCCAUCCUUUGUGGACAAAGUCAGGCAAGCUGCUGGGGUGGUAGUGGACGAAAUGGUGGAAAGUGUUGAGAACACACAGGAAGAUGGACAGGGUGCUUCUCAUCCUGACAACCUCCGAUCUGCUGUUAGGAAAUUGAGAAAAAUCAUUUCCACUGGGACCAUCCACAUUUUCAGUCAUGAAUUUGUGGAUAAAGUGAUAGCCCUUCAGGACAGCCACAGCACUCCACAGGUCUUAACAUUGGCAGCAGCCAGAAGUGCUUCAGACUCCAUUCUUUCAAGGCUGAAAUGGGGAAAGGAACAAUGUGCCAUAUCCAGGAAGCUCUCCUCUCAGCUUCUCCAGAUAUUUGCUGAAGAGACAGUGAAGGGCUUCCUAAAACAGUGGUUAGAUGAGUAUGAAAAUAUAAACAUUGAUGUUUCAGUCCAGAAUGAACCAAGCACCUCUACUUGCAUGGUCUUUCCUAUCCAGCUCAAUCAGAGCAAGCCAGAGGAUAGUGACACAAUGAAUCAGCUCACGAAGGUCAUGGUCAACAAAAUGAUGGAUGCCUUAUCAGUUGGCUCAAGUCAUCAAAUGAUCACCAAAGCCAAUGCCAAAUGUUCUUUUGAGUCCGGUACCAGCAUGGCCACCAGUGACAUUGUAGAAGGGAUGUUGGAUUUGGUAAGGGAUAGCACCAGCAGUACUGGAGAGCAGAUCCCCAUCUUCAAGUCCAAGAAAAGCAAGAAAACCAUGUUCAGCAAGAUAUGCUUUAACAUAAAGGGUUCCAAGAAAGUUAGAAAGGACCACUGUCCUCAAAAGUCUAUGGAGUACCAGCCUCAGAACACUUCCCCUACUGUGUACUUUACAGAGUCGAGGACAAAUUCUCAUGGCUCCUUUGCUCCAGAGGGAAAUGACAUCGCAUAUUCCUUCCCACCUGAAGAGAAGAGUCGCAAACCCUCCCUUUUCACCAGAAUGUAUAGAGCCAUCACUAGAAGCUUCUCCAACCCAAGAUAAUUUUCCUCAUUAAAUGAGAUUGCAUUCAUUUGUUGUCAUAUGUUGACUGUUUUGCUAGCACAGACUGUAAUAUGUUCUGCGAUUCAUCCACAUGCAUUGAGGAGUAUACCACCUCAGUCACAGGCUACAUCAAUAAGUGGAUCGACAACGUCGUGCCCACAGUGACCGUAUGCACAUAUCCCCGAUAGAAGCCAUGGAUUACAGGCAACAUCCACACCGCGCUAAAGGCUAGAGCUGCUUCUUUCAAGGAGCGGGACACUAAUCCAGACACUUAUAUGAA